UGCACUUGGGGCGUUCUGCCACCCGCCUCCCCUUUCAAUAUUAGCAGCACAGUUCUGUGUUCGUCCCAGGAUCUCCGCAAUGCGCUGUGUUCUACAACUACAUUCAUAACAAAUCAACAGCUCAGUCAACCAUGGGACCCCCUGCGUCCCCCGGACAUCUUACGGAUCAUACCCCAAAUAUAGCGCUUUUCGCUUGAGACGGAAACCCAACAGGCUUGUUUUUUUUUUUUUUUUUUGGGAGUGACUUACCUCCCCUUCCCCAGUGAGUUUGAUUCAAAAGAGUUCACAACCAAAAUGGCCGCCGAUCCCAUGCAGGCUCACAUGGUUUCGGAGCGGCUGGGCCUGGGGCACAACCUUGACCUGUCUGAUACCAUGGUGCAACAGAAGCUAGAUGAAAUCAAGGAGCAGAUCAAGAGGGAGAUCCGCAAAGAGCUGAAGAUCAAAGAGGGGGUGGAGAACCUUAGAAAGGUCACCACUGAAAAAAAGAGACUGGCAUAUGUUGAUAAUAUGCUCAAAAAGUCCAACAAGAAGUUAGAGGAGCUGCAUCAAGAGCUGCAGGAACUCAAUGCCCAUAUUGUGGUGAAGGAUCCAGAAGAUCUCCUCUUAGAGUGCCCUCCCACGCUGGACAGCCCCACAAGUGAAGCACGAACAUGCACUAGCAGCAGCAGACUAGCUGCCCUAAAAAAACAGAAUGACAUUGAAUUAAAAGUGAAGCAGGGGGCCGAGAACAUGAUCCAGAUGUAUUCAAAUGGCUCAACGAAGGACAGAAAACUGCUUGCAACAGCACAGCAGAUGCUCCAAGACAGUAAAACCAAGAUCGAGUUUAUCAGAAUGCAGAUUCUCAAAGCCAGCCAAACCAACGAACUCAGCUUUGACAACAAUGAUGUCAUUGCCAAGUCCAUCAUCAGUCCACUGGACCUGCGGGUGGAGGAGCUCUGUCAUCACACACGGAUAGAAUACGCUGUGGCAGAGGGGGCCAAGAAUGUCAUGAAGCUGCUAGGCUCUGGCAAACUGACUGAGAAGAGGGCUCACUCUGAGGCCCAAGCUAGAUUCAAUGAGUCCAAUCAGAAGCUGGAUUUGUUGAAGUAUUCCCUGGAGCAGAGACUCAAUGAGCUUCCCAAAAACCACCCCAAGAGCAGUCUGAUCAUGGAAGAGUUAUCCCUUAUGUCCUCCCCUGCUCUCAGCCCCCGCCAGAGCUUCAUAUCCACACACAACCAACACAGCACUGUGAAGAACCAGUACAGCACCAAGCCAGCUGCACUCACAGGUAAGUUAGAGGUUCGACUCAUGGGAUGCCAGGACCUUUUGGAGAAUAUUCCUGGCCGGUCUAAAGCCACGUCGGUACCGUUGCCAGGCUGGAGCCCCAGUGAAACGCGCUCCUCUUUCAUGAGCCGUGGGAACCGCAGAGGAACCAGCGUUCGAAAUCUCUCCAAAACUGACGACCUUUCCAAUGAGAUUAGUGCUGUUCUGAAGCUUGACAACACAUUAGUAGGACAGACCAGUUGGAAACCUGUCAGCAAUCAGUCGUGGGACCAGAAGUUUACAUUAGAGCUAGACCGGUCUCGGGAGUUGGAGAUCUCUGUGUAUUGGAGAGAUUGGCGAUCUCUUUGUGCUGUAAAAUUCCUCCGACUGGAGGACUUUCUGGACAACCAGCGCCAUGGAAUGUGCCUUUACCUUGAACCACAAGGGACUCUGUUUGCAGAGGUUACCUUUUUCAAUCCUGUCAUUGAGCGGAGAACCAAACUCCAAAGGCAGAAGAAGAUUUUUUCAAAACAACAAGGGAGAACAUUCCUGCGGGCCCCUCAGAUGAGCAUUGGUACCUGGGGCCGGCUGGUGAGGAGAGCCAUUCCCUCUCCGAAUAACUCAUUUAGUCCACAAGUAGCAGAGCUGGCAGCCGAGACUGGCCACAGUAGUCAUCCAGGAACCCCUGCUUUGAGGAGUGACCCAGUAGUGACAAAACUGGACUUUGACAAAGACGCUACACCAAAGCAUUACUCUCCUGUUAGUAUUAGAGAAGCACUGCCUGAGAACAAGAUGGUCAACAAAGACAGAGAACAGGACACCUUGGCCACAUUUGACUAUCGAAAUGACAGGAACAGCAUCAUUGUUCAAUCUAAUCUCGAAACUGUUGUGGAACAUGAGACACAACCAUCAGCAUUAAAACUCAUAGCUGUCCAAACAAACACAGAUAUAAGGGAAGAGGAGGAAAAAGAACAGUUUAAUUUCAGCCUUAAAGACUUUAAAUGUGUUGCAGUGUUAGGCCGUGGCCAUUUUGGAAAGGUGUUACUUGCAGAAUACAGUAUUACAGGUGAAAUGUUUGCCAUCAAGGCCCUAAAGAAGGGAGAUGUUGUCGCCCGUGAUGAGGUUGAAAGCUUGAUGUGUGAGAAGAGGAUAUUUGAGACUGUGAACAGUGUACGCCACCCAUUCCUGGUCAAUCUUUUUGCAUGUUUCCAGACCAAGGAGCAUGUGUGUUUUGUGAUGGAGUAUGCAGCAGGUGGAGAUCUCAUGAUGCAUAUUCAUGCAGAUGUGUUUUUAGAGCCACGGGCCACGUUUUAUGCUGCUUGUGUUGUCUUGGGAUUACAGUUUUUACAUGAGCACAAGAUUGUAUACAGAGACCUGAAGCUGGAUAACUUACUGCUAGACACAGAAGGAUUUGUCAAGAUUGCUGACUUUGGUCUUUGCAAAGAAGGAAUGGGUUACCAUGACAGAACAAGCACUUUCUGCGGCACUCCAGAGUUUCUGGCUCCAGAGGUCUUAACCGAAACAUCAUAUACACGUGCAGUGGACUGGUGGGGGCUCGGUGUGCUCAUCUUUGAAAUGCUUGUUGGGGAGUCUCCGUUCCCUGGUGAUGAUGAAGAAGAGGUGUUUGACAGCAUUGUGAAUGAUGAGGUUCGCUACCCAAGAUUCCUCUCAACAGAGGCCAUCUCCAUUAUGAGAAGGCUAUUAAGAAGGGAUCCAGAACGACGGCUUGGAGCUGGUGAACGCGAUGCAGAGGAUGUGAAGAAACAUCUGUUCUUCCGAAAUAUUGAUUGGGAUGGACUUUUAGCAAAGAAAGUGAAGCCACCAUUUGUACCCACAAUCCAAUGUUCCAGUGACGUUAGUAACUUUGAUGAUGAAUUUACCUCAGAGGAUCCAGUGCUGACGCCGCCCCGAGAACCCCGGCAAUUAAACAAGGAGGAGCAGGAGUUGUUUGCAGACUUUGACUAUAUAGCAGACUGGUGUUAGCCAUGUGAUGGCACUCCUCCCUCUCCACACACGCGCAAAAAAUGUGAAUCAGACUAUUUUAUCCAUUCGCAAUUUCAUACCAUGUGUUGUUCUCAAGUGUUAUUUUACGAUUACCAUAAGACCCUUUCCAGUUUUUUUAACUUGAAGAAACUUUUAUAAAAAAUAAAUUAAAAAAAGGAGUAUUUUGUUACCACCACAUUCAGGUCUAGGAUAAAAAGUUUACCGAGCAUCAUCACUGAUAAAAAAUAAAAAAAAAGUCUUAAUGAUCAUUGCAAUAAGCUUGCCAGGGUUCGAGUUGAUUACUUCUGGUUGGUCUCUGUCUGUGCUAUCAAACACCCCCUAGAGUUAUGGAAAUCAGUUAGCCACAGCCACAUUUAUCUUUCCUAUAUAAUUUCAUCAGCUGUGUAUGCUAUAAGUGUCAUAAGAAUAAUGGGCAUUGAUUUUGAUGUAUUAGAAUGUAUAAUGUGACUGGUUAAAAAGUGUUAUAAAGCCAUAGUCUGAGCUGAUAGGUUGCCACUCAGAUAUUUUGUAUCUCACCAGUGAAUGUAAAUUUUGCUGCCAUUUCCAAAAAUAUUUACAACUCCAUUUGUAUAAUGAUAUGGCAGAAUGCUCAUUUGAGUUAGGGGCUAGUUGUUCUUAGUUCCCUACUUAAAUUGCUCCAAUUCAUAGGUCUUUGUUUACAAAACUCUUGGUGUGGCUCAUAACUGGUAGGCAUGAGGCAUAAACUGGAAUCCAUACAUGACACCAGUUGUUAAUAACUAGACUGUAAGAGUCUAGAAGUUCAAAACCAAAUUGGCUUGAAGCUUAAUGUGUGUACCAAACAAUCCAAAUGGAGGGGCAGAUGCUAGUUUUAGCCAUGUUAUAUAGACUAUCCGACAUAAACACUAACUGUAAGCACUCAUUUUUUUAAAUUAAUUUUAAAUUAUCCACAUUUUAUGUGAAUUGUGGACAAAAUGGACUGUACAAAGUUUUUUUUUUUUUUUUUUACCUAUUAUACAGUAUGUCUGAGCAUUAUGCAAAGUAAAAUGUUUCAGUGGUACACAGUGUUGAAGUUUAUGCUGAC